AUGGCUGUUUGUCAAACAGCGGCAGCUCAGGAAUAUUGUAGCCAUGUGCGCCACUCAAUGCAGCCUCUGCAAGGUCCAUGGUUGCCGCCCCUGAUGAAUUCACUCACCACGCAGCAGCUACCCCAAGCGAACAUGGAAGGGUGCCGGCGACUGACCCUAGGCGACGUGGAAACUCAGAGCAACGAUUUCCCCAGCGCCACCACCGUCGAGACGUUGGAAGCGCCGCUACCACGGCAGGUGGCACCGGCACCGGUGGAAGCACCGCCAAAACCAAGGGUGGAAGCAACACAGGAGCGUCAAGAGCGCCGUAGCACCGGCUUCGGGCUCUGCCCCGACAUUCCUAGGUACAACCCAGAUGCCAAUUCGUGA